GAGUCAAUAAAUCGAAGCCCUGUAUAUUCGCAUUUCUCGGAGACCCUAAAUGGGUUGGAGACGAUUCGAACAAGCGGAAGACAGAGAGACUUCGUGGAACAGUUUAAUAGAUACCAAGAUGCUCAUACGCAGUCGUACAUCAUGGUGUUGGGCAGCGAAAGAUGGCUUGGUGUACGCUUAGCAAUUCUCGUCUCCUUCUUGACAUUCACUGUGGCUCUAGCAGCGAUCUUUGUAUCUCAAGAUGCUGCUUUUGCAGGACUAGGCCUUGCUUACAUCAUUGAGACUGUGGAAAUGAUGGAUUAUUCUGUACGAGAAACGACGGAAAUAGAAAACGUUAUGACUUCAGUUGAACGAAUCAUGACAUACACCAAACUUGAGAGUGAGCCUGGGUACAAAGAUCAAAGACUUCCUCCUCAAAACUGGCCCCUUGAGGGAAGUAUAAGAUUUCAAGACGUGUCGAUGACGUACUACCCAGGUGGACCUCAAGUGCUGAAAGAAGUAAAUCUUCACAUAAAAGGAGGAAGCUGUAUUGGUAUUGCAGGACGCACAGGAGCAGGGAAGUCGUCUUUUGUGGCCGCUCUUCUGCGCAUGCCAGACGCUCAAGGUGUCAUAAAGAUUGAUGAUAUUCCACUAAACGAGAUAAACCUUCAAGAGGCUCGACGAUGUAUAUCUGUUCUCGGCCAAAGUCCUGUUCUUUUCAGUGGAUCAUUAAGAAGAAAUCUCGAUCUCUUCGAGCAAUUUGAAGAUGUAGAGUUAUGGCGAGCUCUGGAGGAUGUUCAACUGAAGGAGCUGGUGGAAAGUCAGAAAGGACAGUUAAAUCACGAAUUAUUGGAACAUGGCGCAAACUUCAGUGUUGGAGAACAACAAUUAAUUUGCUUAGCCCGUGUUUUGUUAAAAAAAAGCAAGAUUGUCAUCUUAGAUGAACCCACUGCACACGUGGAUCCAGCAACAGAGCAAACAGUUUGGAGAGUAGUGCGAGAGAAACUGAAGGGCUCCACUGUAAUCAUCAUAGCUCAUCGCCUGAAAACUAUCAGAGACUGUGACAUGAUUUUAAUUAUGAAAAAUGGUCAGAUCGUUGAGCGCAUGAAGUUUCAGGAUAUGCUAAUAAAAUCCUAAAUUCCUCGGCAUUUUAAAACCUUUUUAAAUUACCUGUGAACACAGAAGUUCUCUACAUACAGCUUAAAUUGCAUUACAAUACUUAUAUUUAUGGGUACUCAAUGCAUCGCUUACAAAGUGGUACUGUAGAAGACACAUACACGUACAAAAGACGCAUUUUUUUCUCAAAAAGGAACCGAAAAAGAAAAUAGAGAAUAUAUUCACAAUAUAUUAACAAGUAUAAAAGACAAAAGGCUAAAAACUGAGUGGGAUAGAGAAGAGUAAUUCCUUGAAAGGAACUUAAAAGUACAGUGUUUAGCAAGCUUGAAAUUUGAGAAUCUUAAGAUUAGGGUAAAGAGAGUAGGAUAUAGCCAAACUAUAAAGUAAUUACAGCGUAUUAAGUAUUUUGUGCCAAAGUACAAAGUUGAAUUUAAAGUGUAUAACAGCAACAGAAGUAAAACAAUGUACGCAAUUACAAGGAAAGGUUUAGAGCAACAUCAUGAAGUUGAGUAUCGAGUUGCUCCCAUUGAAUGUGAAUAGCUUCUUUGUUGAUUUCAAUUCAAAAGAUCCUGCCUAGCAGGUCCUUUAAAGACAUUAUUGAAUACAUCUAUUCUUACUUGAAUCGCCGGUCCCAGUUUGAGUUGGUUAAAGUAAUACCAGUCUUUAGGAAGGACUCUCAUAGCCGUUCACACACAUGGCCAGAAAUUCCGGACAUCGCGACGACGCACGCGCGGGUUUACUUGGCAAUAUGGCCGCCAAACUCUUAAAGGAAAUGUAUGGCAGAAAUAAAACAAAAUAAAAUAGAGCAAG